AUGUGCCCACUUCUCUUGGCCGCUUCUCUCCUGCUACCAUUCCUCCUCGCUACUCCUCUCGCACUCGCCCCCACACAAUUACUCGACCUGGCCCCCCUCACCCUCGCCCCUCUAUCUCCCACCACCAACAACACCAACCUCGGCGCCAAAAUCGGCUGCUUCAAACCGACCAGAGUCCCCCCCUUCGUCGCAACCAAAAAAUCUGACUGCGAAGCCGCACUCGACGAUUGGGUCCGCGGCCAAUCUCUGAUCCAGCCUCGCACCUUCAGUCGAAAUCCCACCGCGGGCUCCACCCUCGAUGACGUGCUGCUCCCUUUCAAGAAGGCGAGUGGGAGCUGUUUGAUCUAUUUGAAUGUGAUCAAUGAAGACGACGAGGACACGUUGACACUGGCGGAGAUAUAUGCGGAGCUGCUCGGGCCGGACGGCUUGAUGAAGCAGUGUUUGGGGCAGACGAGGUCGCCGGCUAUUGGGGGGAGGAUGUCGUUGGGGGCGAAGGGGUUGUUGAAGGCUGUGGUUACUGGGGUGGAGGGUGGGGGUGUGGGUGCUGAGAAUUAG